AUGUUCCGCGCUCGGCCAAAACUGUUCCGUCCGACUGAAGUCUCGGCCAAAGUCCAAACCGAUCGGCCGAUCACGCAUCACGACCCGGGAAACAGCCCGCGGUCGGCCACGCCACAACGCCACGCCACAACCGCGCACGACCAAAGCGCGCGAGCCGGGAGUAACGCCUCGCGGCCGCGCAACUCGUCACGUACCACGCACGAACGCUCCGUCCGAGCCGGGGAACUAUGCCCGCGUCCGGCCGAGAUUUCAUCGGCCAAUUUCCAAUCCGUCCGACCGACAUCAUCCGGCCACGACCGUUCCGACUCGCCCAAGACCCGACUGUCCCGACCGACCGUCCGAACGCCGCGGUCGACCCGAAGCCGUUUUUGA